UGGAGAGGAGCCCGUCCGCCCGGCGAGCUUUGACCGCGGCGAGCGAGGAGAACCCACUCGGCCCAUUCCUUCUGGAGCCAGCGUGCUGAAAGAAACCGGGAGGAAUUAACUAGGGGGCAAAGGAAAGGAAUGGCUGAUCCUCUGCGGAGGACUUUACUAGCGAAACUCCGGGGGAAGAAAUCCAAGAAAGGAGCGACGGUCGGCGGUGGAUACGGCUCUGCUUCUGCUGCUGCGGCGGCGGCGAAUGGGGGCCGAGAAGGUAAAGAAAAAGUUUUGCAAACGCAGCGAGACUCCGACGAGGCUCGCCCGGUAGUGUUGCUCACAGGGCCGGAUUGCACGACAGAGAGAAUGAGUACGUACGAGAAUUGUGUUGACGGGGCGAUGGUGCAAACAGGGGGGGUUGUGAUAGUCCGGGAGAGUCGCGCAGCAGAGUUGCCCGGCGCACGUCCCCAGGAGCGGAGCAGCGGGGGCAGGGUUCGGGUUAAUGAGGAGCUCCUGGGGGUCUCACUUCAAAGAGACGUGCAGUUUGAGGGGCAUGAGUCUAGGGAGGGAGAUAGGGGCCACCAGGAGCCCAGAUCCGCAGGCAAAAUCACGUUAUCUACGAGGGUCCCGCUUGCAGGACCGCAUGUCCAGAGAAAACACUUCGUCUCGGUGCCGCGGCAGUGCAGCGUCGGGGACUCAAUCGGGUUUGGGGACAAUUCAAAUCACGUUUUGUACCGAGCACGGGUAAAGCCACAUACUGGGGUCCCUAAACCACCAGAGGGCCGGGUUACCACUGCUGCUAGUGAUGGGACGGAGCCCAAAGACGGAGGACACUCCCGGCACAUGGCACGGACUGUAGUGACUAUCCAUGAACACAACGCCAAUUUGAGUUUUGACAACAACCAAACUUUGGAGACAAACUCAUCCCUUUGCGCUGCACUUGUGUAUCCAAACUGUGUGUCGACAAACACGGAGGAAAACAUUGUAAUCAGGAAUAUAGAGAGUUAUGGGCCUGAGUAUGCAGGGGACAUUAGAGGGACUGCAGGCGGGCUGCAGAGCCCGACCUUUUUCCCUACAGAGUUAGAAAUAUGCGACAUUAACAUGGCAUCCCUGUGCGCCACAGAGGGGUCACUGAGAUACACUUUAGAUAGUGAAGAUGAGGAUUAUUAUGAUAAUGAAAUUCUGCCAUUUUAUGAAACUAUCAGAGCUAAAAGUGAUGGUGAAAGAACCGAGGUUUCAGAGCUGCCUCAGCUUGGUCAGGAUAAAGGACAGCUUGAUGACAGUCACAGUGCACAGGAAACAGACAGGCUUAGAAACCAGCUGAAAGAAGCUUAUUACCUUCUUAUCAAUGCUAUGAAUGAUAUCCACAUGGAUGUCCAGCAGAUUAGUGGUGGUUUAACAGAGCAGCAGGCCACCUCCUCCUGUAGUAGCCACUCCAGGGAUAGCCUGUGCUCGAGGUUGUCUGCCAAAAACAUGGACAGUGACUCGUGGUCCUCAGGAGGCGACCACAGCCCUCAGCAGGUGUCUGACACUGACUCGCUCCUGCUUUGCCUCACUGGGAACCUUGACUCAGGCUUUAAAGACAGGCUGAAUAGUAAGAGUAUGGUGAACCUGUCUCUGACCAAGAUAAGACCCACGUUACUGCGUUCUGCUAGUGACGGAGCUAUCAGGUAUCCAGGUGGACCCUCGUUCGCAAGUGGUGAUAAAGGGGCCACAGAGAGAAAAGAAGCUGAAAGAGGUAGAGCUAGAGUAGGUGAGCUGUCAGAGCCUCAGGUGCUUUACAACGCCGUCAGCAGCGAUGAGCUGCUACAAGAUGCUGCAGGUGAUGAAGACAGAGGCGGGCAGCUCAACGAGAGCAGCGGCUCGGUCAACAGCCUCACAGGUUCUUCAGACAGCAAUGCGGAUGCUUCAACAAAUCAGGGUCACGACCACAAGCAGGAGCUGACUGAUGUCCGAGCACAGGGAGCCAACUCUGUCAACAAGGGGCACGGCGUCACUGUCAACAAGAUGCAGGAGUGGAUGCACAAGGGCCGUUUGUUGUCCUCUGAGAUGAAGCAGCGCAUUGAGGGCUCGUCUUUGCCCCGCGGUGGAAGCCAAAGCCAGGACCACUGGGCCUGUCCUCAGGGUAACCUCGGUGCGUGUAAACCGGGAAUCCAGACCUCCAGCCGAGGGGUUAAAUCUGUCAAGGCCAAGUCACCACGGCAGCAGCAGCCAGCUUUCAUUGAGAAUGUCCAAACCCCCUGUGUGAAUGGCCGGGAGGUGGGCAGGGCCAGCGAUUCUUCGUCAUGGCGGCCGCCGCUCACCACCAUCACUGUCUCCAAGAAGCGCAACUGGCUGCAGCAGAGCUCUCUUGGGAAGAAUCAUUGCAGCAAAGAUGAGAUGCAGGGAAUGCUGGGAGCUGAGGAGGAGGGCUCCCAUCUGCCGCCACCUCCUCCCAGUCCCUCCCCAGACCAUCUAAGACCCUCAGGGGGACCGCCAUCACGGCCGGACCGUCUGCACCUGCCUCAGGUUAGCGUCAGUCAGGCCAAGGUGUCUCCUCACCCUCGGAAUGUGGACCCAGCCGAGGAGAAUGAUGCAGACGAUGAAGGAGAGAUCUGGUACAACCCAAUCCCUGAAGAUGAUGAACUGGAGAUGUCUCACCGACCCUUCAUUCGGCUGCUGGUGCCCCCUCGAACGGAGUCCCAGAGGAGGCCCAGCAGGGGAGGGGAUGUGGGUCACUGUGGCAGGAACCUGGGGGGCGUCAGCGUUGGGCCGGAGGCGCUCGGUGAUAGCCUUGUUGGCGCUUCAGGAGAUGGGAGUCAGGGGAAUGCUGCGCAUUCCACAGAGGCACUACAUCUGCACAGACAGAUGCUCGCGUGCAAACCUCAGGAGGAGGGGGGGCCUUUCACCAGCAGAGCCACAGAUGGUGCUGACCUGCCGAACGCCGUCGGCUCCCCUCCCUCCAGCCCAAACCCGGCCAAGAAGAGCAGCUCCAUAAACUGGUCCUUCCCGGACAAGAUUAAGUCCCCACGCACCGUCAGAAAGAUCUCCAUGAAGAUGAAGAAGCUUCCGGAGCUCAGCCGGAAACUCAGCAUCAAGGGGACCCCGAGUAGCAGCAACAACGGCAACGGCAAUAGUCAUUUAGAGCCCAGAGCCCAUUCUCCCCAAAACAAUGUGAGCGGGUCAGAGGCCAUCCACCAAUCCUCAGGCCCUCCUCGAUUGGCGACAUCUUCUGGGGGCGGGCAGGCGAGCCGUAAUGUGAUCUCACGCUACCACCUGGACAGCAGUGUGUCCACGCAGCACAGCUUCAGCAAGAAGAAAAGUAACGGCAGCUCAAAGUCUGCCAGUAAAGGGGGAUAUCUCAGCGAUGGGGACUCGCCUGAGCUGGUGGCCAAAUCCGGGAAGCACGGCUCUGCGGAGGGGAAAGCAGGGAAAAGCAAGGAGGUGGAAGCAGGAAGUGGAAGCUCUAAACUCAACGGCACAGAGCUGGACAUUGAUGCUUUCCGCCAUUACAGCUUCACAGAACAGCCAAAGUGCAGCCAGUACAUCUCUGGACUUAUGAGCCUGCACUUUUAUGGCGCUGAGGACCUCAAACCUCCACGCAUUGACUCUCGAGAUGUCUAUUGCGCCAUCCAAGUGGACUCAGUCAACAAAGCACGAACCGCUCUCCUCCAGUGCCGAACUACCUUCCUAGACAUGGACCACACCUUCAACAUCGAGCUGGAGAACGCCCAGCACCUAAAGCUGGUGGUGUUCAGCUGGGAGCCCAUGCCGAGACGCAACCGCGUCUGCUGCCACGGCACGGUGGUUCUGCCUGCGCUCUUCCGGGUGACGCGGAGCCACCAGCUGGCGGUGAAGCUGGAGCCGCGGGGCCUGAUCUACGUCAAGCUGAGCCUGAUGGAGCAGUGGCAGAACUCGCUGGAUGGCGGGCCAGACGGAGACAGAGAGCCCCAGGUGUUUGGUGUGGAGGCGUGGCGGGUGGUGGAGAGGGAGAACUCGGGACUGAUGGUGCCGUUGCUCAUAAGCAAGUGCAUCAAUGAGAUCGAGAAGAGAGGCUGCCAGGUGGUGGGUCUUUACCGUCUGUGUGGAUCUGCAGCAGUGAAGAAGGAACUCCGUGAGGCGUUUGAGAGGGACAGCAUCGCCGUGGAGCUGUGUGAAAACACGUAUCCUGAUGUUAACGUCAUCACAGGAGUGCUGAAGGACUACCUGCGAGAGCUGCCCUACCCCCUGAUCACUAAGCAGCUGUAUGAGGCAGUGCUAGAGUCCAUGGCCACGAGGCCUCUGCGGAUAGGAGCAGCGGGCUGCGAGAACGACCAGGCCGACACGGAGCACACCGUCAGCCUGCUGGACAACCUGCCAGACGUGGAGAGGAUGACACUACAUAAGCUCCUUGACCACCUGAAGUUGGUAGCGUCAUGCCAGGAAGUGAACAAGAUGACGUGUCAGAACCUGGCAGUGUGUUUCGGCCCGGUGCUGCUCAGCCAGCGUCAGGAUGCGUCCUGCCACACCAACCGAGUCUUCAUAGAUUCGGAGGAGCUUGCCAGCGCGCUGCACUUCAAAAAACACAUCGAAGUCCUGCACUACCUGCUGCAGCUCUGGCCAGUUGUAGACCCACUCGGCCGGUCAUCCUCCCAGCCCCCUGCAGCCUCUACAGCUUUGGCAUCAUCUGACCUGCUGUCAGCUCCUCCUAUACGGCGGAGAAAAGAGCGCCCCCAGGUCCUGAACCUCUCUGAAGCGGAGAUGGCGGGCGUUCUGCGGCCCAAACCGGGACGCCUGGACAGCCCGAGCAACCGAUACGCCGGCGACUGGAGCGGCUGCGGCGAGAGCUACUUUCCCUGUGAAAUUCAGCUGCCUCCCAACAAGGAGGAGGCGGACUAUGCUGAUGUGCCCUGUGAGGAUAUGGAGGCAGGUGAGGAGGCGCAGGAGAAGCCAGAGGACGCAGAGGAAGAUAGAGGGCAGGCGGUCACGAGCCCUGCGUUUGAUCCUGCUGAGCAGGAGCCGCCUCAGAGAGAGGAGCUGGUGAACGAGGAGGAAAAGGAGGAAGAGGAGGAGGAGAAGCAAGUAGAGAGUGAUAGUUCAGGCAAUGGGCAGCCAUUAGAGGACAAGGAGGAGGAGAGGGUGUGCGACCACAUCCUGCCUCCUCGUCUGCCCAAAGAGCACACCUACCAGGCUUACAUGAAGAUCCAGGACAUCAGCCCCGUGCUGAGCAACAGGGUCAACCUGAGAGACCUGCAGGAGAGUAUCGACACUCUGAUAGGAAACCUGGAGAGAGAGCUCAACAAGAACAAGCUCAACGUCGGAUACUGACUCACACUCAUAUCUACUCACACACUCAUGAAGCCUGACAGGGUUUGGAGAAGACCUUCUUUAACUGAUCAAGGUGCUUCAGGAUACAUCCACAGUGUUUCAUGGAGAUCCUGCGAUGUUGGCGCGGUGCUGCUGUAAAAAAAAUCGAAAGAAUGAGAUGAGAAGAAAUGCAACGGGGCACUUCUGGCGUUUGUACCUUACCCAUAGACAUUCCGUAAUGUUUUUAUUUUCCUUUUUAUUUUUGUCGGCUGUCUUACUUUAUGUUGUUCCAGUCCGGUUCUAUGUUCCAUGUUGUUAUUGUUGCUUCUCUUCUUAUUAGAAGAACCCAUUGACCCCUCAGGGGUUUAAAAGGUGCCUUAAUUGUGUGAAGGUGGUACGUCAAGAGGAAAAUCCACCCUGAAAUAGAAUGCACCCCCUCCUGUGAUCCUGAUACAGUGUUGGAAACUAACAGGAUAAUCUGGACGAGUCGUUUUAUAUCAAAAACGUCUUUUUUAACAGGUACGAAUCCAUCCUGGGUACUAUGGCCUUCUACUCACUCAAGCUUUUAAGCCUUGAUAGUGUUGGCAACAAUUUUAGUGCAAAGUUACUGACAAACGCUUUUUAAAAUUGAUCAAAAUAUCCCACAUUCUUCCAGAGUCUCCAACAUAAGUAUUUUGUUGGCAGGCUUCAGGAAGCAGCAUUUGGACUUUUGGACACUUCCACAUCUAUGCAGUGGUCGGAAACAUCUGGGAUGCAUUAGGCCUUUCAAUUAAGAAUUGGUUUCCAACUAAAAUAUGUAAUAAGGUAAUUAGAUUAAUGAAAAAUGUGCCAAAAAAACAAAGCAAAACCAAGUCGGUUAUACAGUCAAGGCCAAGUCGAGACGUCUAUCACGUUUGGCAUUGGAGGAAAUAUGUUUCGAUGAUUUGUUGACCAGAGCACUAGUCUCAACAGCUGAAUUGAAAGUUUUGAGCUUCUACUGUGUAUUUCUUAGCAUGUAAAACACUGUGUUUAGUAAUACUAACCAAGAUCACAACAGGAAUAUGUGUGCGUUGUGUUUGAGGGUGGAUUUCCUUUUUUAAGGCAGCAGAGAGCUUUUCUAUUGAGGUAUGAAACACUAAAUGUUGUACAACAAUAAUGCACUUAUGAGGCAGGCAGUAGGGUAGAUUGUCAUUAUAGUUCAUGCAGUAAAUAAUACGGACUGUGGACUGAGUUGAGUUGAGAAACAGCCGCCACUGAAACCUCCUCUUUGAGAUAAAUAUGAAAGAAUAUGGCUUGAAAUUUCUUUACGCUCUGCAUUCUGUGACAUGUUCAGACACCCAGGUACAGGCACACUCACACCUGUCAGAAUUGGAUACACGGUAUAACUUAAUAACUUAUCUCUGUUCACAGAAAGCUGUACAGUUGAAAUGUAUUUGAUCUUAAGCAGGCAACUAAAAACAGAGAAAUUGUGUUUCAUGUGGCAUCAUAUUCACUUAAGGCUUAAGAGAAUAGUUUAACGUCUUGGGAGAUUUGCUUUUUCACUUUCUUGCCGAGAGUUAGAGGAGAAGAUUAUGGAAGCCUGUUACCACCGGUAACAGCAACAAAUAAGAUGAAAACUAAGCUUUAUGAGGAUGAAGAAAAGAUCCUUUAUGCUGUUAUAAUUAAUGAGUUACGCAUUAAAUAAAAGGCUUAUCAUCUCAAAAUAAUUAGACAUUUUCUCAAAAAAUACAAACUCAUUUUGAAAACAUUGCUCUUUUUUAGAGAUAUUCAUUAUUAAAGUCAUAAUAUUUGACAAAUUGUAAUGUAUUCAAUGGAGAAAAAACUAUAUUUUUCUGAAUUAGCAAGAUUUUUUAAAAUUGAAUUAUGUAAAAGUUUUUAUUGAAAAAAAAAUUGCUCUUGUUUUUAUGAAUUCAUUUAAUGCAAGAGUAGAUAUAUGUUGCAUGAAAGGCCUUCUGUGUCCUCUCUAAAUUAAUGAGAUAAUUAUGUGAUUAUUUAAGAAAAACAGGGCAAAUAUUUUUUUCUCAUGUGAAUGCCUUAUGCUUCCUUAAGAUACUAAAUCAUUAUUUUGCAAGCAAGUUUAUCAAAAUAUGACAUACAAGAGCUUUUUGGGAGAAUGGGGCUUCUGAAGAAGACCACUCUUGUGUUUGCUAAAUAUUAAGCAAGAGCUGAAAGAUUUUAGCUUAGCUUAGCAUUUAGACUAGAAGCAGGGGGAAAUGGCUAGCCUGCUUAUGCUCUAUAUGCUACGCUAAUGUUAGCUAAUUCAUCAAAAAACUUUAACCUCUCUGCAAAAAAAGCAAAUGUGUUAAAAACAUUUCCUCAAGAUGUCAAACUGUUCCUUUUAAAUCCACCAACCAGUCACUUUUCUGCUUCUCCCUGCUUUUUUGGCAAAACCUGUGAAAUAGCCGCAGCCAAAAUGUGAAGCACAACUUUCAGAGCAGCAGAGGAAACUGUUGGCGGAAAGGCUUCAGUUAGUACGACUUAGCUAGCUGCCUAAAUCGACAAAGGACGUUUUCAGCAAUCCAGGGAUUCAGAAUGAUCAGUAUUUAACCUAUAUGUAUAUAAUUAUAUAAAUGUAUUCGGAGUAUAUUAUUUUUACAGCUUCUAUUUCAAUGGCGUAUUUAAAUACUUCUGAUGACCUCGUAGUGUUGUAGCAGUAGUCGCUUUUCCUCCCUUCAAGCUACCUGUACACAUGUUAAUGUGCUGGACUAAUGGUACAACUCUAGCUGUAAAAUAUAUGAGAAAAAUCGUGCUCUUGCAGAAAGAAGUGAUAUUGUUAUUUUUAUUGUAUUGUGUAUAUAUUUGACAUUGUUUUGUGUCUCUGGUGGACUAAACUGUGUUCAUGAUUAUUGGUGUUUUGUUUUUUAAAGGUACUGAACGUUGCAUGGUCAAAAGCUUUACUGACAUAAACAAGGCUCUUUCUCAUCUGCCUUUGUAUUUGAUAUUUAUGUGUAAAAAGACUUAUUUUGUAAUGUAUGCUUGUUUGUUCGUCACCCUGUUCCUCCAGUAGAAAGCUUCUCUCCAGAGGACUUAAAGGCAGACAGUGAUUUGGUUUGGAACACUUCCAAAAUAUAUCUUUAGAAAUAUACAGUAUAUUUAGAAUUAUUAUUUCCUCUGCAUGCACACUAACAACCACAACAAACCCUUAUUUAUACAUCAUGCAAACUAAUAGAUGCUGUUUCUCACAGCUCUGCACCUACGUAAUGUGCAUAUAAUUGCUCUCCUUCAACAUUUAUAUCCUCUUCCAUAAAUUUGCAUCUCAAAUGUAAUUUAAAGUUGUAUUAAAAAUCUAAAUUUCUCUUUAAACAAAUGGAAAAAAUAUGAUAAAACCAUAAGAGAAUUUCAGUUGUGAAACCAUGUCACAGUUGUAUGAAUAGACAUGAGAUUGGGUUUGGACAUCCAUUUAGAGGUUGCAUUUUAUUUAUAUAUUUUCCAUUUUAUUUUUUUACUCUCGUUCCACACCCCUCCCUCCUGCAUGCAUGGUGUCUGUUCACAGUCCUGCUGCUUCAUCGUGGUGAAGCUGUGGCCGCUGCUGUCAGUCUGAGCCAGUCUGGUGAAAGAGAGUUUCAGCAGGGUUCCUUUCAAACCAUCUGUUUGCCCGGGCAACAACAAAAACAGCCGCAGCCUCAUUUACUGUACAGAAACCAACAUGCAGAGCAACAUUUGGAUGAUCCUUUUAAAGUGGGAAUUCUUCAGAUGUUGAUUUCUGCCUGCAAACACUUCAAAGAUCCAGUUUGACUGAGAUGGGUUUUUUUAGGAAGCCUUCAGAGUGAUGUGAUUGUGUAGCUGUGGAUUCACAGUUCUUCCUUUCUCUUUCAGCUCCCAUCUUCUCACCUCUCUCUCACAUGUGUGUCACAUUAGA